CCAACGUCGCUCUAUUUGAACGACCGUGACAUUUGUGUAUUCCUUGGCCUGGCACUGUGUGUCGCCGUUCAUACUUGUCUCUCCUCCUCACCUCUAAGGUCCCUUCUUCGCUCUCCUCCAUCAUGUGUCUGCCCACUGCCAUGCUGAAACUCGCCCAUAGAACAGAGGCUCCUCAUCCCUAUAGCAAGAACACUACGCACAAGAGACACCUCCAACCCAUCGACGAAGAACAGCCAUCACACCUUCCCAGCAGCCGGACUUUGAGCAACAUGAGCGUACUCGCCCCACCUCCUGCUCCUACCCGUAGAUUCAACUUGCUCGCCAAAUCAAACACACGUAAUGAACUGGACGACUUUCUGACAUCCGAGGUUGAUGUGGACCUUGACCUUGAACUAUCCUUCGCCUCCUCUAUGUCACUCAACUCGCCCGUUCGCGACCCGCUCGAGCUUGCUGAUGAGGAGGACAUGUCUACAUAUACUCCAAUGGACGUGUCUCCCGCGCUGCCACUCGCUGUGCCCUCCACCGCAAAGCCAAUUCGACAGCCUGUCUUCAUCCGUCCGCACGCAUUCACCACGAAUGCCAGACUUUUUGGGAAGGACAUGAGCAAUAACUCCGCCUCCAGUGUGCAUUCAUUGGGAAAAUCUCUGGAUACGAGUGGUGUAGGCAAGCCGCCUCAACGCCCUGCGCUCCCAAUGGAGUGGACGAGCCCUGGUCAUAACGAACGUGCCCUUGAGAAUAUGCCAUCUUCCCCAGCGACCUCGGAUGUAAUGGAUAUCGACAACUCAUUCGACGUUGAUUCGUCCUUCAACAUCCCGAUGGCAUCGUCCGCUCCGCAGGACGAGAGCCCGCUCGCGACCGAACCGACCAUCACCUCGUUCCGCGAUGAAGACAACCUGCUGUCCACCAUACCUAUUGUCCCACAUAAAACAGCAUCUACGUUCCAGGACUUCUUCUACGAUGCGGAAACUCCAUCGAGCGAUAGGCCAGCAGGAAUUGCGAGCCUGCCCCAUGAACAUGACCUUCCCCAAGUCAACGAGAGUGAUCUAUCCGACAUGAACGACACUCCGUGCCCGCCGCAGCCGAAGAGGCAGAACUCCGGCGAGCUUGGUCUUUCAUUGGCCCGCCGAGUCCAACAAAGGCUCCUCGAAGAAGCAGCCACUCUGGAAUCUUCGCCUGCUCCCUCGUCGCCAAUGGCGCGGAAGGCUGAGCGCAUCGCCAAACUUCCGCCUUUGAAGCCUAUGCUCGGAAGCCUCGGCGCGCCGCUGCAACUGGGUUCGAAGGACAGGAGGAUGAGGCGUCCCACUCUUAGCAUCAUUGGUCUGCCUGGUGAGAAGCCGAUCCUGCAAGCCCGUUCCGCAUAUCCCACGACGGGCGACGAUACGGAGCCAGAAGAGGAACCCGCUCCUGUGCAUCCUCAGAAAAGGCUGCCCGCAGUACGUCGGGCGUACUCUGCCAUGCUGCCGCCGCCGACUAUGGAAUCGUCAUUAGACUCUGAAGACGGGAUAUUCGACAGUGAGGGCCCGGAUGUGAGCUCUCCUGCUCAGUCGUAUGCGAGACGGCAGCGCGGCAAGGCCGUCCGGAAGGACGAUUUCCAGCCGUUAUUGAAGACUGGGAAGCUCGGGGAAGAUAGCGACUUACUGUUUGCAGCGGAAAGGGAGACGCCAAGGAGUAAGUAUUUGAACUCUGGUUCUAAGAUUGGCGGCUUCGGCGACAAUGAGGCUUCUGGCAAGAUCUUGCCUUGCCACCGCGUCCGAGAAGACGGAUUGAUGCGCAUUACAAGUAAGACUUUGGAUGAUCUUCUAGACGGUGCUUACGACUCUCAGCUUGCUUCUCACCGCAUCAUCGACUGCCGUUUCGAUUAUGAAUACAAUGGCGGACACAUUCUUGGCGCCAUCAAUAUCAACACUACUGCAGGAAUUGAAGAAUUCUUUUUCAGGGAUGAUUCCUCCAAACCCAUCCCUUCCAUCAGCGGCGACCCCAACAAGAAGACAGUCUUGAUUUUCCACUGUGAGUUCAGUGUUAAGAGAGCGCCUACUUUCGCUAAACAUCUUCGUUCCAAGGAUCGCGCGUUGAACAACCACGUCUAUCCCAAGAUACACUACCCUGAAGUCUAUGUUUUGGAGGGCGGCUACAGUCGAUACUACCAGAACUCCACAGCUCGCUGCCAGCCCUGCGGCUACGUUAGAAUGGAUGAUCCACGCUAUGCGCAAUCACGCCGGGAGGACUUGGGCCAAUUCCGCAGGGGCAAGUUCGGCAGAACGAAGUCGUAUGCGUACGGCGAAGGCAAGCUUGUGAGCCACUUGUCGCAGUACGUCAAAAGGAACAGCGCUCCGAUCACCAACGCGGCUCCUCGGUUCGCCAAUGCCAACGCUGCUCGCUCGAAGCGCGGAGGACUCGCAAGUGGGCUGCACGUGCUUGCUGAGGAUCCAGCCGUUGGUCUGCAGAGCGAUGACGACGUCGACGUCGGGGAUAGUCCGUGUCCUCCUCCAAACAAGGGCGUGCCGUUCAGGGGCAAGAGACUCGGCCGUCUUGUUAGGGCGGAGACCUUUGAUGGCGGUCGCUUGUCCAAAUGAUGACACCAUAAUUCACAGGCUGUUCAUCGUCUUUCGCCUUCCAGUGUUUGAAUAUCGUCAAGUCCCUUCAAGCAACGUAAGAUCAGAAGAUCUCGUCCAGUUUUCCAUUUCGCCAGCCGUCCUACUUUCUACAGUUCAUGACUUUCAGCUUUUUCCCUCGCCAAACGUAUGGAUUCCGGUUCACUCCAUCCGCUGCCAGAAUGUUCACCAUCGCUAACCUCAACGAUCUACGUCGUCGCGCAAGCACACCAUCUA